GGACGAACCGUGCGACCGAGCCCUACAAAACCCGCCCCGGCCGAGUGGCGAGGCGAGCUUUCCAGCCGGGCUCCCCGAGCCGCGCUGCGCAGGAGACGCGGUGGCCUGAGAGCCUGCGAGUCCCCGGACUCGCCCGGGCUCUGAGCGCGCGCCCACCAUGAGCCCCCGGACGGCGCCCAGAUCGCAGGUGCUCCUGCUGCAGCUCCUGCUGGUGCUCCUGGCGGCGGCGCCCACGGCCAGCAAGGGCUGUGUCUGUAAAGACAAAGGCCAGUGCUUCUGUGAUGGAGCCAAAGGGGAGAAGGGGGAGAGAGGCUUUCCUGGACCCCCUGGUUCUCCUGGCCAGAAAGGAUUCACAGGUCCUGAAGGCUUGCUUGGACCACAGGGACCCAACGGCUCUCCAGGACUUCCAGGACUCAGAGGUCCCAAAGGUGUAAGGGGAAUAACUGGAUUGCCAGGAUUUUCCGGUUCUCCUGGACUUCCAGGCACCCCAGGCAAUACUGGGCCUUAUGGACUCGUCGGUGUACCAGGAUGCAAUGGUUCUAAGGGUGAGCGGGGGUUUCCAGGACUCCCAGGGACAUUGGGCUACCGAGGGAUCCUGGGUGCUGCUGGUUUGAAAGGACAAAAGGGUGCUCCUGCUGAAGGAGAAGAUAUAGAACUUGAUGCAAAAGGUGACCCCGGGUUGCCAGGGGCUCCAGGACCCCAGGGUUUGCCAGGCCCUCCAGGUUUUCCUGGGCCUGUUGGCCCACCUGGUCCUCCGGGAUUCUUUGGCUUUCCAGGAGCCAUGGGACCUAGAGGACCUAAGGGUCACAUGGGUGAAAGAGUGAUAGGACAAAAAGGAGAGCGGGGUGUGAAAGGGUUAACAGGACCCCCGGGACCACCAGGAACAGUUACUGUGACCCUAACUGGCCCAGAUAACAGAACGGACCUCAAGGGGGAAAAGGGAGACAAGGGAGCCAUCGGCCAGCCUGGACCUCCUGGACCCUCAGGACUGCCUGGAGAAUCAUAUAGAUCUGAAAAGGGUGCUCCUGGAGACCCCGGCCCGCAGGGAAAACCCGGUAAAGACGGCGUUCCUGGCUUCCCUGGAAGUGAGGGAGUCAAGGGCAACAGGGGUUUCCCUGGGUUAGCAGGUGAAGAUGGCAUUAAGGGACAGAAAGGGGACACCGGCCCUCCAGGAUUUCGUGGUCCAACAGAAUAUUAUGACACAUACCAGGAAAAGGGAGAUGAAGGCAUUCCAGGCCCACCAGGGCCCAAAGGAGUUCGUGGCCCACAAGGUCCCAGUGGUCCCCCCGGAGUUCCUGGAAGUCCUGGAUCAUCAAGGCCUGGCCUCAGAGGAGCCCCUGGAUGGCCAGGCUUGAAAGGAAGUAAAGGGGAACGAGGCCGCCCAGGAAAGGAUGCCAUGGGGACUCCUGGGUCCCCAGGUUGUCCCGGUUCACCAGGCCCUCCAGGAUCGCCGGGACCUCCAGGACCACCAGGUGACAUCGUUUUUCGCAAGGGUCCACCUGGAGAUCGCGGACUGCCAGGCUAUCUAGGGUCUCCAGGAAUCACAGGCGUUGACGGGCCCAAAGGAGAACCAGGCCUGCUGUGUACACAGUGCCCUUAUAUCCCAGGGUCCCCUGGUCUCCCAGGGUUGCCAGGGUUACAUGGUGUAAAAGGAAUCCCAGGAAGACCAGGUGCAGCUGGCUUGAAAGGAAGCCCAGGGUCCCCCGGAAAUACAGGUCUUCCAGGAAUUCCAGGUUUCCCAGGUGCCAAGGGUGACCGAGGACUUAAAGGAGAAAAAGGUGAAACACUUCAGCCUGAGGGGCAAGUGGGUGCCCCAGGGGACCCGGGGCUCAGAGGCCAACCUGGGAGAAAGGGCUUGGAUGGAAUUCCUGGAACUCCAGGAGUGAAAGGAUUACCAGGACCUAAAGGCGAACUGGCUCUGAGUGGUGAGAAGGGGGACCAAGGUCCUCCAGGGGAUCCUGGCUCCCCUGGGUCCCCAGGACCUGCAGGACCAGCUGGACCACCUGGCUACGGACCCCAAGGAGAACCUGGUCCCCAGGGCACGCAAGGAGUUCCUGGAGCCCCUGGACCACGCGGAGAAGCCGGUCCUAGGGGAGAACUCAGUGUUUCAACACCAGUUCCAGGCCCACCAGGACCUCCAGGGCCCCCUGGCCAUCCUGGCCCCCAAGGUCCACCUGGUAUGCCUGGAUCUAUGGGGAAAUGUGGAGAUCCUGGUCUUCCAGGACCUGAUGGUGAACCAGGAAUUCCAGGAAUUGGAUUUCCUGGGCCUCCUGGACCUAAGGGAGACCAAGGUUUUCCAGGUACAAAAGGAUCACUGGGUUGUCCUGGAAAUUUGGGAGAGCCUGGGUUACCUGGAAAGCCAGGCGUCCCAGGAGCCAAGGGAGAACCAGCAGUAGCCAUGCCUGGAGGACCAGGAACACCAGGUUUUCCAGGAGAAAGAGGCAAUUCUGGGGAACAUGGAGAAAUUGGACUCCCUGGACUUCCGGGUCUCCCUGGAACUCCAGGAAAUGAAGGUCUUGAUGGACCACGAGGAGAUCCAGGGCAGCCUGGACCACCUGGAGAACAAGGACCCCCAGGAAGGUGCAUAGAGGGUCCUAGGGGAGCCCAAGGACUUCCAGGCUUAAAUGGAUUGAAAGGGCAACAAGGCAGAAGAGGUAAAAUGGGGCCAAAGGGAGACCCAGGAAUUCCAGGCUUGGAUAGAUCAGGAUUUCCUGGAGAAACUGGAUCACCGGGAAUGUCAGGUCAUCAAGGCGAGAUGGGACCACCGGGUCAAAAAGGAUAUCCAGGAAAUCCAGGAAUUUUAGGGCUACCGGGUGAAGAUGGAGUGGUUGGGAUGAUGGGCUUUCCUGGAGCCACUGGCCCUCCGGGACCCCCUGGGAACCCAGGCAUGCCAGGGCAGAGGGGGAGCCUUGGAAUUCCAGGAGUAAAGGGCCAGAGAGGAACCCCAGGAGCCAAAGGGGAACAAGGAGAUAAAGGAAACCCCGGGCCUUCUCAGAUAUCCCACGUGAUAGGGCACAAAGGAGAACCAGGUCUCAAAGGAUUCGCAGGAAAUCCAGGUGAGAAAGGAAACAGAGGCGUUCCAGGGAUACCAGGUUUAAAAGGCCUCAAAGGACUACCUGGACCAGCAGGACCACCAGGCCCCAGAGGAGAUUUGGGCAGCACUGGGAAUGCUGGAGAACCAGGACUACGUGGUAUACCAGGAAGCAUGGGGAACAUGGGCAUGCCAGGUUCUAAAGGAAAAAGGGGAACUUUGGGAUUCCCAGGUCGAGCAGGAAGACCAGGCCUCCCAGGUAUUCACGGUCUCCAGGGAGAUAAGGGAGAGCCGGGUUAUUCAGAAGGUACAAGGCCAGGACCACCAGGACCAACGGGGGAUCCAGGACUGCCGGGUGAAAUGGGAAAGAAAGGAGAAAUGGGGCAACCUGGCCCACCUGGACAUUCGGGGCCUGCUGGACCUGAGGGAGCCCCUGGAAGUCCUGGAAGUCCUGGCCUCCCAGGAAAGCCAGGUCCUCAUGGUGACUUGGGUUUUAAAGGAAUCAGAGGCUUCCCGGGCCCUCCAGGAAUCAAAGGCCCUCCAGGUCUUCCAGGAUUCCCAGGAUCUCCUGGACCAAUGGGUGUAAGAGGUGACCAAGGACGUGAUGGAAUUCCUGGUCCAGCCGGAGAAAAGGGAGAAACGGGUUUAUUGAGGGCCCCUCCAGGCCCAAGAGGAAACCCGGGUGCUCAAGGAGCUAAAGGAGACAGGGGAUCCCCAGGUUUCCCUGGCCUCCCUGGCAGAAAAGGGGCCAUGGGAGAUGCUGGGCCUCGAGGGCCCACAGGCAUAGAAGGACUCCCAGGGCCACCAGGUCGGCCCGGUGCAAUUAUCCCUGGCCGGAAAGGAAAUCAUGGUCCACCAGGCUUAAGAGGAAGCCCAGGUGAGCCUGGUCCCCCUGGACCUCCAGGGAGUCACGUAACAGGCAUAAAAGGAGACAAAGGGUCUAUGGGCCACCCUGGGCCAAAAGGUCCACCUGGAACUGUAGGAGACAUGGGACCACCAGGUCAUCUGGGAGCACCAGGUACUCCAGGUCUUCCAGGACUCAGAGGUGAUCCUGGAUUCCAGGGGUUUCCAGGCGUGAAAGGAGAAAAGGGUAAUCCUGGAUUUCUAGGAUCCAUUGGACCUCCAGGACCAAUUGGGCCAAUAGGACCACCUGGUAUACGUGGAGACCCUGGCACACUUAAGAUUAUCUCCCUUCCAGGAAGCCCAGGGCCACCUGGCACACCUGGAGAACCAGGGAUGCAGGGAGAACCUGGGCCACCAGGGCCACCUGGAAACCUAGGACCCUGUGGGCCAAGAGGUAAGCCAGGCAAGGAUGGAAAACCAGGAACUCCUGGACCAGCUGGAGAAAAAGGCAACAAAGGUUCUAAAGGAGAGCCAGGACCACCUGGAUCAGAUGGAUUGCCAGGUUUGAAAGGAAAACGUGGAGACAGUGGAUCACCUGCAACCUGGACAACAAGAGGCUUUGUCUUCACCCGACACAGUCAAACCACAGCAAUCCCUUCAUGUCCAGAGGGGACCGCGCCACUCUACAGUGGGUUUUCUUUUCUCUUUGUACAAGGGAAUGAACGAGCCCACGGACAAGACCUCGGAACUCUGGGCAGCUGCCUGCAGCGAUUUACCACAAUGCCAUUCUUAUUCUGCAAUGUCAAUGAUGUAUGUAAUUUCGCAUCUCGAAAUGAUUAUUCAUACUGGCUGUCAACACCAGCUCUGAUGCCAAUGAACAUGGCUCCCAUUACUGGCAGGGCCCUUGAGCCUUAUAUAAGCAGAUGCACUGUUUGUGAAGCUCCUGCGAUCGCCAUAGCUGUUCACAGCCAAACCACUGACAUUCCUCCAUGUCCUCACGGCUGGAUUUCUCUCUGGAAAGGAUUUUCGUUCAUCAUGUUCACAAGUGCAGGUUCUGAGGGCACCGGGCAAGCACUGGCCUCCCCCGGCUCCUGCCUGGAAGAAUUCCGAGCCAGCCCAUUUCUAGAAUGUCAUGGAAGAGGAACGUGCAACUACUAUUCAAAUUCCUACAGUUUCUGGCUGGCUUCAUUAAACCCAGAAAGAAUGUUCAGAAAGCCUAUUCCAUCAACUGUGAAAGCUGGAGAAUUAGAAAAAAUAAUAAGUCGCUGUCAGGUGUGCAUGAAGAAAAGACACUAAAGCUAAAAAAGACAGCAGAACUGCUAUUUUUCAUCCUAAAGAACAAAGUAAUGACAGAGCAUGCUUUUAUUUAGGUAUUUUUCUUUAACCAAACAAUAUUGCUCCAUGGUGACUCAGUACAAAGUUUCAAUUUGUUUCCCCACAGAACAAAGCAGUUCUUUCAAGUCAGUUCUGUGAUCUGGGUCUCCAAUCUGUGCUGUUUCAAAGUUCCCUGUGGCAAAGCAGCAACUAUUCACAAAAUAACACCAAAAGUCUAUUCCACUUACAUCCAAGGCACUGUCACUAUGGUGAUCGUAUGAAGUUUGAAUGCUACAAGUUAUGAAAUUUUUGGCCCACUGGAUUCCCACAUUUGUCCUCCUCCUGUCUUUAAGACUCAGGGAGGCUAAAUCAGUGUUUGAUUGCCCCACCACCCCUUCAUGAAACUUCAGACCCUGGGUAGGGGAAGAGAAGGGGGCAUGUGGUAUCCUGGAGCAUUGUGUAUAGAACUGGACUUUCAGACCUGCUGAGGACCGUAAGGCCUGAUGGAACACAGAACUGAACUGAGGUUCAUGGAUUUUCUAGGAAUGUUUCAAACAUGCCCACUGCUAAGGGCAAAAGGGGGAUUCCCUGAUGGAACCAUAAUACUGUUGGAAAUACUGUAUGGUUUUGUUUUGUUUUGUUGGUUUUUAAAGAUUUUUUUGUUUAUUAAAUUCGUUUCACUGUAGCUCUAAAAUCUGCUUGUAUUCAAAGCAUAUACAAUUUUCCCCCUUAGUGAAUUAGUUUUAAAAGGAUAUUGUUAUAUACAUACUAUGAAAUAUGUAUAACUUUAACUUCUCUUUUACCAGCAUACCCACACAAAUAACAAGAAUACUACUUAUGAAAUGUGUACUUUAUCCUCAUCCCAUAAAUGUUGGUGCAUAUCUUAUGUAAAGGAGCAGUUCAAUAAUCCACGAAUUAACUUAAGGCAUUUGUUGGUUUAUCAGACUCAGAAUCUAUUUUUUCAUUGCUCUGAAUAUGUCAUCACUCUAGGUUUUACAGAUUUAUUCCUUUGUUACUUCUCUAAUUCUUCCUUUGUUUAAAAAAAAAAAAAGCAACACUUUUUAUGUCAUAUACUCUUACAAACCAUAUUGAAAGAGUCCAUUGUUUAAAAAUCUUAAUGUAUCAAACUGUAUAAUUUGGCUGCUGUAUGUCUUAAACCCCACUUUUCAAGGUGUUGAUACAUUCCCAAGGUUACUUAAUUCAACUUAACAAUCAUGUUAUUCAGCACCAAGCAUGUCCCAGACACUACUAACCUACAGAGAUGCUAAGAGAAAAAAGAGACUUGUUUCUGAUCUAAUAUCCCAGAAAAAGUAACUCAUUGCUCUGUUAAGAAUCUCACAUAUACAAGUAGCUUCCCUCCCCUCUUGUUUUUUCUUCCUUUUCACUGCUGUUAUAUUUCAUUAUGAUAAUUCAGCAGGCCCAAGUAAAGGUUAAAAAUAAGGUCUAUGCCUAGGGAAACCCAGGGCUUCUAGUUUCUCCUAGAAAAGCCAAGAGAAGAUAAGGUCUGAAUAAUAGCAGAAAAAACAAGAUCUACAAAACAUUAAACUAGUGUUAUACUUGAUGAUAACACUAUUUGAUGAGUCUUAGAGUCCAGACACCAAGAGACAAAGCUUUGAAGAUGUUUCCUGAUCUACCUAGGUGGAGUUGGUGGUGCUGAUAUUUAAAUUCAGGCUACUGCUUCAAUCUCAAUUGCUUUGUAAGUGAAAAACGUGACCUAGAGGACAGCAUAGACUAUGGCCGUGGCUCACAUGGUUUAUAUCCUUCACUGCUCAUGUGUUUGCUGUCAAGCCAUUUUUACAUCUCAACUAAGAUAUGCAGCAUUUCAGUUAUUUAGAUUCACUUAACAAAUAAAUUUUUCUGCUUUAAAAAUGUCCCAUUAUCCCAAGUGUACUAUAGCGGCAUAUGGAGCUAGCUAAUCUCUACAAACCUACCGUAGGCCAGUAGUUCUCAAAGUGCGGUCCCUGGAAGAGCAGCAUCAGCAUCAUCUGGGAACUUGUCACAGAUGCAGAUUCUAGGGACCACUCCAGACCUACAGAAUCCGAAACUCUUGGGGGAGGGCCCAAAAUAUCUAUGUUUUACCAAGCCCACCACAUGAUUCUGAUGUACUCUAAAUACUGAGAAAACCUGUUCUAGACAAAUACCCAAGCAACAACUCUACAGGCAGUUACCCAGUACGGCUGGCUACAGCUGCUCCAUCCAUGUCUCUAUUUAAAGUUCAAACUCACAGGUGACUCUAAGGUCAUCUACUUUUACUCAUAAGUAAAAGCUCUAGACUGGUGCUAAUGUCAAACCACUGGCCUCCACUCAGGCCUCCAUCUUUUCAUGCCCUCUUAUCAGUAUUUAACUUCUGAGGAAGACAAGUGAUGCUAAGACCUGAAAUUUCAAUGAAGCCAUAUGAACAGCUGUUCAGUCGUACUUCUAAGACUUUACUUAGAAGUACUUCAGGACUAAGUUAUAGCUCAUAUGCAUUAUUUUCCAGAUAGCUUAUGAGUAGCUUACACAAGUAUGAAGAUUUAAUAUUACAGAUAAAAUGUAAACUGUUUCUUUAAAAUUGGGGCUUCAACUUUGGAAUUUCACAGUGUGCUAAAAUAACAGAUUUCUCAGAAGUCUUUCAGCAAGAUAAAUAUUAUUAAGUAACUUAUUUAUGAAAGUAUUAAAAUAAUGCUUACAUUUGAAUUUGAUGGCUAACUUACAAAGAUUUUCUAUGUAUCAAAUGUAACUUACUGCUACUAAACUUAAUUUAAUAUUUACUCUAUAACCAAAUGAAAUAUAUUUAAAAUAUAUUGAAUAUUUUAUAUUGUUAUAUCCUGACAAGAUUAUAAUAUUUUAAUGUACUAAUAUUUCUGUAAUUAUAUCUAAAAUAUUAUUUUAUUGUAUUGCCUAAGAAUAAACAUUUUUUAAAUUG